AUGUCCAGAUUACAUCCCAAGCCUCUCCGCCCACUCCUCACCCAGCCGCUGACCUCCGAGUCGGGGGCAGGAAACAAGGCGGGCUGGGCGUUCGGUCUGGGCCUGGAGAGACUGGCCAUGGUCCUGUACAGCAUCCCGGACAUCCGGCUGUUCUGGAGUCAGGACGAACGCUUCCUCAAACAGUUCAGAGUUCAGCACAUCCAGCAGCCCGUCUGCUUCCAGCCCCUCAGUAAAUACCCCCCGCUCCACAACGACAUCUCCUUCUGGCUGCCGGAGAGCGAGGACGGGCGAGAGAGCUUCACAGAGAACGACUUCUACGAUCUGGUUCGCUCCAUCGGAGGAGACCUGGUGGAGAAAGUGUCACUGGUGGACGAGUUCACGCACCCAAAGUAGGAAAACACACAACACACAC